AGUUAAUUUAUUUUAUUUAUUUAAUUGAUUUAAUUUAUUUUUAUUUUUAACUGUCUUGGUUUAUCCCUUCCUUGUUUUACUCCCUACUUUAGCCUCUUCCCCCUACCUUUCUCUUUACCUCUAUGCCAUUACUUUUUCGCCUAUUACAAUACACAUCACUUAUGUUUUUGACUCCAAAGACCACGUUUGUUUCGUUACAUUUAAAUCGUUGGUUUCUUUCCACCUAGGAAGCACACAUUCUUAAAUACAGCAUUACCAUGCUUGAACAUGAAGAUAAUAAUUUGGUUAACAAUCAUUUGGAUUUGCAACAUUCAAGGAGCCCAAGGAAUUAUUGGAUAUGACUGCGCAACAACCAACCUCAAUGUGACAACAAUCUCAUUAUUGGACAUAGAAGAUUGUGAAAUUCCUGUAAUCAAACCUCAUGUACAAGAAACGAAAAUUCAAUUGUUACAAUUGUCAAAAUUCGAAACAACAAACAUAAUACAAUGUAAAAUUGUAAUUUCAAGAACAAUUUAUUAUUGCGGAAUGAACUCACAUAUUUCAACUGUAUCAAAUGCGCAGGCAAAAUAUAUUUUAGAAACUACUUUAGAUCAAUGUAAAGGAAUGCAUAACACAGGAACACUUGUAAUAAACGUAAACCAUAUUAUUAAUGGAUUAAGAGUAAAUCAAACAGCUUCGCGACCAAUAACUUUCGCGGGAUCCGUAAAUUCAAACGGACUAUGUUAUGGAACACAAUAUUCAGAUCCUUAUGGAACUUGGCAAAAUGUAGUCGUACAAGGAAUAAUAACAAUUACUUUAAAUUCCUAUCAGGCAUCAGUAAAUAUUGAAGCAAAUAAAAUUCAUUUAAAGUCGGGAACAAUUUGUCAAUAUUCGGAUGGAAAUUGCAUAAAUAUUGAAGGUAGAUAUACAUUUUGGGAAACCAUAAAAAAUGAUCAUUGUAAAUUUAAUCAUUAUGACGUUUUAUUUGAAGGAAAAGCAAAUAAAAUGGUCAGUCAAGUAGAUGAAAAAUUAGAAAUAAUUUAUUCCUUGUCAACGCAAGAAAUAAUAUUUGCAUUAAAACAAACAGGCGAAGAACUUCUUUGUGGAUAUACAUUUGUUAAAACGGAAUACCCAAAACUCUUAAUCUUUGAAAUUAAAAAUGGAGAAAUUGUAACAAAUAAACGCCAAAUUUCAGUAGAAAAUUUAGACAUUUUUGCAUAUGUAAAUUCAAAAUUUGUUUAUGUUAAAAGACACAUUCGUACACAAAUAAACCAAUUAUACACAGAUAUUUUAAAACAAAGUUGUAAUUUGGAAGGACAAAUAAUGAAAAAUGCAUUAAGCUUGGCAAUACAAUCACCGGAUAAUUUUGCAUAUCAAAUUAUGAAAGGACCAGGAUAUAUGGCAGUAAUCUCAGGAGAGGUAGUGCACAUAAUUAAGUGUACGCCAGUGUAAGUAAAAAUUCGAGAAACAAAAGAGUGCUAUCAACAAUUACCAGUACUAAAAGGAAAUGAAACAUAUUUCUGGGCCCCAAAAACUCAUAUCUCUUCAAAACUGGAACUCAGAUUACUUGUAAUAGAGUAAUCCCAGCGACAUAUUAUCUAAUGGUAUCAAAUAACUCCAGCAAUAGAAUUCAGCAAGACACCACAAACUUUAAAACCAAUGUCAAAACCAACAUGGCAAUAUAACGAUCCAGGAGCUCUAGCAGUGAGCGGCAUUUAUACUAAUAAUAAAUUUGAAAAUUUGAGAGAUCACAUUAUGUUUUCGGCAGAAAAGAACAGUAUAUUAAAUACAAUGGCACGCGGCGUAAAAGGAGAGCCAACGUUAUCUCAAGGAAUAUCACUGUCGCACCUUUUGGAUAAAAAUUCUUUAGAAAAAAUAACAGAAAGUACAUGGAAGAAAAUCUGGGGAACAUUUUUGUCAGUCGGAAACGCAAGCGCAGGAGUAAUUGGUAUAUACUUCUUUAUCAGAACAGUUAAACUUAUCAUAGACACUGUCAUUCAUGGAUAUGCAUUACAUACAAUCUAUGGAUAGUCAAUUCAUCUUAUCGGAGCAUUAUGGGACUCAGCAGUGACAAAUUUAUUAUUACAUCUAGCCAAAAUAGGAAAUGAAGAAAAAUCAGGAGAAAACAAGAAUGAAGAACCUAAAGAAAAAAAUCAGAACUCUGUAGAAUUUAAAGAAGAUCAAACACCUAAACUUGAAAAGGAAAACGCAAAAAUAAACACUUACAACAUUCAACAUAAACAAGUUGCAAGUUAUCAUAUUGAAAA